AACCCGUUAACUUGACCCAACGAACCCGACCGGGCAGUAAAGUGCAACUAAACGGGAGCUGCGGACCAACUUUACCGUGUGAUUAGCGCGCGGACGCGGGGACACUUUGUUGGAUACACCUGUAUCACGUCGCUCGGUUGCCCGGGAAACAAGCAGCGGGCCCAACUGACAACCGUUGGGCAGCCGUUGGGCAGCCGUUGGGGAGCCGUUGGGCCUCGUCGUCGAGUGAAGUUAGGAGCCAAACUUCUGCUUCCUCAGCGGCUCUCCGCGGGGCCCGGGGCUCCUGUCACCGGCCCUCCGCGGGGCCCGGGGCUCCUGUCACCGGCCCUGUGGAUGAGGGAGUGACUGCCAUCCCAACCCGCCACCGGGUAGGACCGUAAAUAAAGGAGAAAGGAGUCCCUUUGAUGGGAGAAUCCUCUUUCCUGGCCUCCUGGGUCAAUCGCCGUGCCAUGAUGAUGGAUGAGCAGGAGGCGCUGAACUCGAUCAUGCAGGACCUGGCCGAACUGCACCGCUCUAGCCGUCCUGCCACGUUCCUGACGGACCUGGGCAAACCCAAAGCCUCCUCGCCCAAGAACCAGAACGAUGUCAGAGUGAAGUUCGAGUUCAAAGGGGAAAAGAGGAUCUUGCAGUUCCCUCGACCAGUCAAGCUGGACGACCUGAAGGCGAAAGCAAAAGUGGCUUUUGGUCAGACGAUGGACCUUCACUACACCAACAAUGAGUUGGUGAUUCCACUGACCACGCAGGAUGACCUGGACAAGGCCGUGGAGCUGCUGGAUCGCAGCGUUCACAUGAAGAGCCUGAAGAUCCUCCUGGUGCUCCAAUUCUCCUCUCAGAACUCUUCCUCCAAUAUGGACCUUCUGCCGUCCCACGAGGAGCUGGACAACACGGGAUUCAGGGUCGCAGACAAGAAGAGUAUGCUGGCUUUGAUAGGCUCCCAUUCGACAGACCGCAGCUCGCCUCCUCCAGGAUAUAUCCCCGACGCGCUCCAGCAGGUGGCGAGGAAUGGCUCCUUCACCAGCAUCAACAGCGAGGGAGAGUUCAUUCCAGAGAGCAUGGACCAGAUGCUGGACCCGCUGUCCAUGAGCAGUCCAGAAAACUCAGCGUCUGGAAGUUGUCCCUCUUUAGACAGCCCGCUGGACAGUGACUACCCGAAGUCCAGGAUGCCCCGAGCACAGAGCUACCCAGACAACCACCAGGACUUUCCAGAGUACGACAUCCCAGUUUUUGAGAAGUCGGGUAAAGGUGGAACGUACCCUCGGCGAUACGGCAUUCCCUUCGGCCUUCAGGAUUACAGUGAUGGGAGGAAGACCUUUCCUCGGGCUCGGCGAACGCAGGUCCAAGGCUUCCGCUCGCCGGUCAGCUUCAGCCCGACCGAGCAGUCGCCCAGCACCAGCAGCGGAAGCAGCGUUUUCACCCCAGACCUGGAGGAGGCCCCGGGGCCCGCCAGGAGGCCGCGGAGGGGCAGCGACAUCGAACCCAAUCCCAACCCAACUCCCACCCUGUCUGUAAUGGACAUCAGCCCACCCAGCCGCUCUCCACGCGCACCAACCAACUGGCGGCUCGGAAAGCUUCUGGGGCAGGGGGCCUUCGGACGGGUUUUUCUCUGUUAUGAUGCCGACACUGGCCGAGAACUGGCGGUCAAACAGGUCCAGUUUGACCCAGAGAGUCCGGAGACCAGCAAGGAGGUGAGUGCGUUGGAGUGUGAAAUCCAGCUCCUGAAGAACUUGUGCCAUGAACGGAUCGUCCAGUAUUACGGCUGCCUGCGAGACACGAUGGAGCGAACGCUCUCCAUCUUCAUGGAGUACAUGCCCGGCGGCUCCAUUAAGGACCAGCUGAAGUCGUACGGAGCGCUGACGGAAAACGUGACGCGCCGCUACACCCGGCAGAUCCUGGAGGGGGUUUCCUACCUGCACAGCAACAUGAUCGUCCACAGAGACAUCAAAGGAGCCAACAUCCUCCGUGACUCGGUGGGUAACGUGAAGCUGGGAGACUUCGGGGCGAGCCGGCGGCUGCAGACCAUCUGUCUGUCAGGAACGGGCAUCAUGUCUGUGACCGGCACCCCCUACUGGAUGAGCCCAGAAGUGAUCAGUGGAGAGGGCUACGGCAGGAAGGCUGACAUCUGGAGUGUCGGCUGCACCGUAGUGGAGAUGCUGACUCAGCGUCCCCCGUGGGCCGAGUUUGAGGCCAUGGCGGCCAUCUUCAAGAUCGCCACCCAGCCCACCAACCCCGUGCUGCCUGCCCAUGUGUCGGACCACUGCCGAGAGUUCCUCAAACGGAUCUUUGUAGAGACUAAGCAGCGGCCGUCCGCCGACGAGCUACUGAGGCACAUCUUUGUACAUUAACCCAGCCCCUCCUCCUCCUCCCCCCACCUGCCUGCCGAACUGCCAGAUACGGCCUUACCUGAUGGGGCGUCCCCACGUCUGACCCCGCCCUCUCCACCUCCACGCUGAACCCAUAUUGGACCAGGAGGAACCGGCUGGAAGAAGGUGGGGUGUGUCGGCAUGGAGGAGGGGGUGCGUUCCUGCUCCUCCUGUCUCCGUUUGUACGAGACUGCCAUAAAGGACAUGAGUUUUUAUUUUAUUUUUCUCCGCAAGUUGCACCUUAAUUUCUCCAACGAGGAGGGGUCGAGCACUUCCUUCUGAAGCGAUGAAAAACGUUGAAAACGUCUCCUUUUUUUUAUGUUGGUACGUUUCUCUCUUCAAAUGUUUUGGAGUUGGGAUAGCGUCGGUGUCGUGGACCUACAGGAGGUGAUGGCUGAGUCUCGAGUGGCCCCUGCUCCCCGCUCCCCGCUCCCCAUCUUGCUGACCCGACCCCAGAAUGUAUCUCCUGCCAACCCCAGAGCGAUGGUGAUGACCUGGGCCCGCUGCUAUAGAUGAAACUAAACCCCAGAUGCAUAGAACACUCCCCGAAAACGGUUUCCACUCACCCGCCCUCAUCCCUCGUCCUUCUUCCUCUCUGUCUUUCUUCUCUUUGUCUGUAAACCACCUUCCCUUCUCUCCCUCUCCCAUCUUCGCUCUUCGCCGUGUGCCUUUUCUGUUUUUUAAACGCAACGUAGGAGUGAGUUUGCGGAUAAUCUCCGCCGUUUAUCGCCGCAAGUGUUGUUUUGCCUCCUGGAUAAACUGCCUUUUCGCACCGUUAACCCAAAUCCAGCUGAUCUCGGUUCAGCCGCUACGCUCGUUCUGCCUUUUCUGGUGCUGAGCAGGGAGUGUCCUGAUCUCACCUCAGCUCAUUUGGUUUCCUGCCCGCUCCACCUGCCCGCUCCACCUGCCCGCUCUGGCUGGUGACCAAAUAGAUCACAUUGGUUGAACACGUGUCAUGGCAGAUCAGAGGUGGGUUAAUGUUCUGGGACCUGCGGCCGCUGCAGCAGCUCACAUUCUGGAAGUGUUGCACCAACGACUGGCUGACUGGUUGGCUGACUGGCUGACUGACUGGUUGGCUGACUGGUUGGCUGACUGGUUGGCUGACUGGUUGGCUGACUGUAACGCUGCGGGCAGAUGGGUUGUCACUCGGACGGCGUUUCUUUCUGCCAUGACCACGCGUCAUUCGUUAUUUGAAGCGGUGAAGCAGGAGUGUUUGAGCAGCUGCUGUAAGGCAAGAAGCUCACAGCUGAUUGGCCAGAGGUCUGGCUGUAUGACGCUGUUGUCCGUUUUAUUUCAAACUAAAAGCCCGGGACGUCUCUGGCUGUCUCACUCGCUGCUCGUCAUCGAUCAACAGCUUCAUUUGCUGCAAUCGCUUCCUGUUUAAGGUUUCCCGCCAGGGCGUCGCUGUGCCAUACCGGAGCGCCGAGUUGGGUUUUUGGCCUCAUGCGCACUCGUACAGAUUAGACUCACACUUGAAGACGUUUACAGUGUCUCGCAGCUCCGUUCCUCCGCAGCAGUCAGCGCCGCCGCCGCCGCCGCCACAUUCAAUGCAUCAACUCGUCACUUUAUCCAAACCACAAACGCUCCGCUCGUCGCGAGUUCCCGCUCAGCCCUCGUCGCGGUCCUCCUCCCCGGGGGCCUCGCUUCCACAACGUCUGUCUGAUGAAUACGAUGAUAAUAGAAGUUGUUUCAGCUCCGUAACUAUGCAGCAGUAAGCUGAAAGGUCGCUGCACACCGCGGACAGCCGGAGGAAGUUUCUCCAACCAGGGACACCUCGGUGCUCGGUCAGCAACCAGCCGUGUGCCAUACGACACGUUAAUGACUUUAUUCAGUCGCCGUUCUCUUCCACUUCUGAAUGUGAUUACUCAGCACUUCAUUCUGCUUUUAAUGAGUGAGGCAGCUGCACAGACCCAAAUAAUGUAUUUACACAGCGGACAGAGCUGAUUAUUAAGAACAUCUGUAGACAAAUGUCUCUGACAUGUUAAUGAAGCUCUAAUAAAAGCUGUUUGUGUUUAUUAAAGGUGCAAUCAGUAACAUUUCUCCAGCAGUUUCUCUCACUGCUGUUUACUUUCUCCAAAAACCGCCGCAGAACUUAAACACCACGCACAAAUUCCAUUAAUAUAGUGCCGGCUUCUGAACGCCAUCUGCACACGAGGGGGUACGACCACGUGUUUGUUGUUGUUGUUUGUUUGUGUUGGGAUUCAGCCUUUACUCUCACACACUGCCUGUAAUGGUGGAGCUGCUGUGGGACGGUACGAUGCUUACACAGCCUAUCUGAGUGCAGGGGGAGGACGUUGAGCGAGGAUUGCUGCACUGUGAUUGGAGAACAGAGCAGUCAUUGAGUUAUUUCCAGGAAACCUUCCAGGACCGUUUGUUGUUGUUGUUGUUGUUGUUGUAGUUCUCUGUAGCGGCCACUAGCUGUCAAUAAAGACACGGAUUUUACUGGUUGCACCUUUUUUAAAAGCAGGAUGAAUUGUUCACCUUGAAGCUUUUACUGAUCGGUGAACCGGCAGCGAGCCGGCAGCGAGCCGGCAGCGAGCCGGCAGCGCUCGUUAAACUCUGAUCAGUUGUUGGAUCCACACACGUUGUGGAAACUUCUCUUCUUCUGUCCGGCUGACUGAAACAAACUCGUCCUUCACUCAAUUUAUGCAUUUUCAUAUCGGUACGUGUCCAAAAAGAAGCUAAAGAAUCAGCCUCCUUUCACGGUAACAUUAGUGGCUGUAUUGAGUUUGAGGCGGCUGACGGUGAACUGUCUGGUACAGAUGGAGAUUGAGUCGUAAAUGCCGCCAGCACUGGUAAACCUUGAUACGCACUACCAUUAUGCACUAUCUCUGAUUCACUGACGCUUUCUCACGACCCCUCGCCGGCUGUCGCUCGCGCAGCUCCGUUCAGCGACCUUUUCUUUGCACAUUUUUAAAGACUUUUAUUUUUACACAAGUGUGAUUGUGAGCGUGUGUGUGUGUGUGUGUGUGUGUGUGUGUGUGUGUGUUAGCUGAGUACAUGAAUGUAAUGUCUUUUUUUUGUUAACCGUCAGAUGGCCUCGUUCACCCCCGUGGAUUAACUCUUCGGUACCAGUAUUUGUCACCUGCAGACGCCAAGAUACACCUGUAGUUCUCUCUUUAGUGUCUAAAGCCACUGCUGCAACUCGUGCGCGAGUGUGUGUGUGUGUGUGUGCGCGUGUGUGUGUGCGCGUGUGUGUGUGUGUGCGAGUUUGUAAAUGUGCAUUUACUGCAAUUUGUGCUCUUUGGACACUGCGCCCGAAAUGCCUUGAGCAUUGUGACUGUAGGGGGUGAGAAUAUUAAAAUAAUAAUAAAAAAUGAAAAUCAUGUACAAAUGUAUAAAAUGAAAAUGUACCCUUUUUAAAAAAAGAAAAAAGAAAAAAGAAAGGUCCACUUAUAUCCCACGUUUGGUCUCUGUGUAUUGUAAAAAAAAAAAAAAAAAAAAGCCAUGUUUAUAAUUCUGAUUGGUUUGUGACCAAUACGCCUGUUUAUAUCAGAUCUGUAUAUCAGUGGUACGCAUAAUUUUUUAAUAUAUAUUUUUUAUUUUACUUUUUUUUUUAAAUGGGAGAUUUUAUGCAUGGUUGGGUCCUGAGAGACGCAGCGGUGCCGUUGAAUGGUUGCUGUUUUUUGGCAAAAAAUUCUGGAGUAUUGCGACAGCUCUGUGUUCAUAAUUACAACAAUUAUGACUCUGAAAACAAUAAAAGAUAUUUAUUUCACA